AUGGUCAACAUCACAUACGGCGUGCUUCAAUCGCCAGACGGCACCACCCUUGGCUCGUCCAGCAUCGCCAAUGGUACCGAUAUCAUCGUCACCUAUGGCCCUGCCGGCGAGAGCGUUGCCUCCUAUAACCCAGGCGACAUCUCGUGGGUGCUCACCUGCACUGCGCUUGUUUGGAUCAUGAUUCCCGGCCUUGGUUACCUCUACUCGGGUCUUGCACGAAGAAAGAACGCUCUUCACCUCCUUCUCCUUACACUAGCUGCUCUCGCCGUUGUCUCGUUCCAGUGGUUCUUCUGGGGCUACUCGCUCGCCUUUUCCCAGACUUCUGGCGCUUUCCUCGGCAACCUUCGCAACUUUGGCUACAUGGGUGUGUUGGAGAACCCCGUUUCUCAGGCAUACAACAAGGUGCCCGAGAUCGUCUACUCGGUGUACCAGUGCAUGUUUGCCAAUUUGGUCCCCGCCAUUGCCAUCGGUGCCGCGUGUGAGCGUGGUCGCGUCUGGCCUUUCCUCGUCUUCACCUUCAUCUGGACCACCCUCGUCUACGAUGUCGUCGCAUGCUGGAUCUGGAACCCGACCGGUUGGGCAUUCAAGUGGGGUGUUCUCGACUACGCUGGUGGUGGACCUGUCGAGAUCAACUCGGGUAUCACUGGUCUCGUCAUCUCGUACUACCUUGGCCCCCGUACCGGUUACGGUACUGAGCGAUUGCUGUUCAAGCCUCACAACGUCUCUUACAUCUUCCUCGGCACCGUCUUCCUCUGGUUCGGAUGGCUCGGUUUCAACGGUGGCUCCACCUUUGCUGCCAACCUCCGCGCUGCUAUGGCUAUCAGCACUACCAACAUCGCUGCUUCGUCGGCUGGUUUGACUUGGAUGUUCCUUGAUUUCCGACUGGAGCGCAAGUGGUCCGUCGUCGGCUUCUGCACCGGUGCCAUCGCUGGUCUCGUCGCCAUCACUCCUGCCGCUGGUUUUGUCGGUAUGCCCGCUGCCCUGCUUGUCGGUGUCGUUUCGGCCACCGUUUCCAACUUUGCCACCGUUCUCAAGGGCCCCAUGCGUGUCGAUGAUGUCAUGGACAUUUUCUCGGUCCACGCUCUCGCCGGUAUUGUCGGAACUUUGCUCACCGGUAUCUUUACUCAGGCUUCGGUCGCCAACAAUGACGGAAACACUGUCAUCGCCGGUGGCUGGCUCGAUGGCAACUGGAUUCAGCUUGCUUACCAGUUGGCUUACUGUCUCGCCGUUACCGCAUGGUGUGGCGGUGUUACGUUUGCCAUCAUGUUUGUUGUUGACCACACGCCUUUUAUUGGUCCCUUCCGUUCCUCCGAGAUGGGCGAGGUGGUCGGUAUGGAUGAAGACCAGUGCGGUGAAUGGGCUUACGACUAUGCCUUUAUCAACAGGGAUCUGGAGGGCAACUAUCAGCCCACUCACGGUCAGACAUUGGAUAUGCACGAGAAGGUGCCCCGUGCUCAUGACGAUGGAUCGUUGAGGACAGACACUAGCAGCUCAGAUACUGCUAACCAGGCUUCAGGCACUACCAAUGCUGCUCCAACGCAAGAGGGUACACCAUUGCCAGAAAAGACGGCUGAUUCCGAGGUUGCUCCUCAGACUGUUACCACUCACCAGCACUCGUGA